CCGGAAAAAGGUUAACAAAAAUUAACACGAGGAAAGAGAUGGAAGAUAACGAAUUUGAUGAGCUUAUAGAUGACUGGUUUAUCGAAUCGUUGAAAACGUACAGGGACCUUUAUGUGUAUCAGCUGGAGUUUCCCACCCGAGUCAUCGAGUGGACGUCAGGGAAAAGUGAGUAAAUCCAUUUGCGAAAGCCUUUUCGAUCAUUGUUAGAAAAAUAAAAUGGACUGGACGUAUGGCUCCGGUGUGCCUGGGAAUCACCCAAAUCCUGGCAACUACCCCACCGGCGGAAGCAUGCCAAGCAACUAUGGGUACGAAAUACCCUCCAGUCAUCUUCCUCCCGGAUUCCCCUGUGCUUUCCCACCUCCGCAACCUCCUCCUUUGGGCUACUUCCCCAAUAUUCCACCUCCGCUUCCGACGUAUCCUCCAGUAGUGCAGAAUUAUCACUGGCAUCCGCCAAAUACUGACUUCCAGGCACCAAGUGAGAUUUGUCCCGAGUCUCCCGUGGAUGAAAAAACUCUCCAAAGGAAGCAGGAUGAACAGUGGCUUAGUCAUUUCUUAAAAAGAAGAUCCAGCGAGACUAAGGAAGACGCUCAAACGAAGCAGCCUCAAUCUAAUCCAGAUUUCGGAGACGUUCUAAGCGAUGCCGCUGGUCUCGUUUCCCGGAUGUCCGAGUUCUGCCAAAACCUCACAAACAACCUCAAUGAGGACGGCGCCGCCUGGGCCACCACUUACGAAGCCGCCAUGCGUCUAAAACAAGACCUCCAGGAUAAACUGUCGUGUCUGGCCGAUGGAUUAGAAGCUAAAAAGCGGCAUGUGGCUCGGGUGCAAGAGCGGCGGCUGAAAAGCAGGCAAAAAGCAGAGCUUUUCCGAGCCGAGCGGGAGAUGCGGCGAGCUGAGAAGGAGAGUGCCGUGGACAAGUGGCGGCUGCGACAAAUCCACCGGGCGGAGGAGGAGAAGAAGGAGCGCGAGCUGAAGCUGGCGGCCGACUCGGUCUUGUGCGAGGUGCGCAAGAAGCAGAGCGACAUCAAGCGCAUGCAGGACGUCCUGCGCUCGCUGGAGAAACUGCGGCGUCUGCGUAAGGACGCCGCCUCCCGCAGGGGCGUGAGCACCGGGGGGGACGAGGAUGUGGCGUUCCAGCGCCAACUGGACGGGUUGCGGCGCGUCAUCAAGGCCAGGACGCAUAUCUACACGGCAGAGGAGAAGGCGCUGACGGUGAUGCUGGACAGCGUGCAAGAGGAAGAGCGGCGGGCUCUCAGGAAGGACAGGGAGAGGCGGCAAAAGCACAAAAUGGACACCAUGCUUUUCGGCGAAGAGACGCCUGUUGCUGACGCCCUGCGGCCCUUUACAGAGUACUACAGCCUCGCAGAGUCUUCCCUCCACGCUUUGCUUCACGUACGGCAACAAUGGGACGUCUUCCUGGUGCCGGAUGAUCAUUGCGACGGGACGACAAUCCCGACGGACUGGAUCCUGCCCCAGCCACCCUCCGACCCAGCUUGGGGAGUUGCUCUGGUGGAGUAGGAACAACCAAUUCCUGUUUUGUUGUGACUUCAUCACAGCUUACCACAAGGGCUGCAACUAGCAAUUGUCUUCAUAAAUCAUUCAUCAAUCAAUCAAAUUUCCAUCAUUUGGUUGAAAAAUAGGACUUUAUUUACCAAGUGACAAUGCAGCACAUGGAAAAAAAAUUGUCGGAUUCACUGGUGUGGUUUGUUACCUGUCAGAAAAUAAGCACAAACAUUGAUCAUUGUUUUCCGAAGUAAAAGCAGAUGUUUGCAAAUGUCGUAUUUUGACUCUAGGAUGGGAUUGCCCGAAUUUGGAUAACUUUAAAUUAAACAAGGACUGUAAACAUUUCAUCGAUUAUCAAAAUCAUGUAUUGAUUGAUUUGAUCAGCUCUCUUCAUGCUACCAUCUGUUUGAAGUUUCGUAUCAAAACAAAGAAAUGUACAUUGCAUAUUUAAAAUAACCAAACCAGUUUUGCAUUAUGCUAUCGGUUUAUGGUGAGGUAAAUGCAGAACAUGGUAGCUGGUGAAUAACAUCCAUGUUGCGGCAUUCGGACCCUUUAAGUCACAACUCGCCCAACACAAAUGGACAGGCAAAACUUGUAGACAGACAAUAUAAACAUACAGAAAUGAUUACAUGUCAUUUUUAUUUACAUGUCUGUAAAGGGUGAGUAGUUUGUAUUUGUUUUAAUUUUGUUAGCCGAUGGCAAAUUUAUUUUUGAUGUCUGGAUGACAGUUAGGAAUGUGCCACACGUGAUUUGAAAUGUUUUCCUACAGUGAAUAAAAAAAGUUUUGGGACCCUGGAACAGAUUAUUUAUGUUGGCUUUUUUUUAAAAGAUAAUGAUUAUAACGUCCAGGUCCAAUAAAAUAAUAGAAAUGAGUGGAAUGCACAACCCUAAAAUUUCUGGUGCUAUUAUUCUCCUUGUGAAAAAAAGUUAAUGUGGACCACGAGUCCUGUGAUUACAGAAAAUGACCGUCUUACUUUUUGAAAUCCCAAUGCGUGAAUAGCCUUACUGUUUUUGUUUGUAUUGUCUUUCGAACAAAACAACAAAAAAGAGAAAAUAAAAUUUUCUUUAACCAGA